ACGAGAGUGAUGCUCGUCUCCUGCGAAAUGCUUAUUUGUGCGUAGUGCUAAAUUGAUAUGAAUUUAUGUGAGACGACUCUUUUGUGAUUCCUUUGUUAUUUGCUUACUAGGAAAAAACAUUGAAACAUUGAUCAAAACAAAAAAAAAUCAUUUGUGAAAGUGUAAAAACGGAAAAUUAUUUUGAAAAAAUUCAUUAUGUCAACCACCACAAUAGUUCGAGCGUGUUCUCCCAAAUUAAUUUUGGAUAUAAGCAAUCACAAUAUCAUUCAAAACGGAAACAACAUUCUAGGUCAUAAUGAAAUUGAAAAUCAUUCGUAUCAUUCGCACAAUUUGUAUCACAGUCAUCACAAUCAAACGAUCAAUCAACAAGCAUUGCAGCAUCAAUCAUCGUCUCAGCUACUGCAACAGUCACAUUUUACAAAAGAGCAUCUUCUAUUAAAACUGAAUACACAAAAUUAUACGAAUAAUAGUCAUAACGAUUUUGGUUUGCAAUCGAUAAAAAUUGAGCAGCCCGAUUAUGAUAUAAAUUAUCGAUCGCCAGCUUCAAGUUGCGGCCGUAGUGUAGUCACACCGACCGAUUCACAAUCAGAUGAAACUCAAUCGUUAAAUACAGUGCCCAUUCCAAAUGCAUUAUGCAAUUUUGAUUCACAGCUCACCAUUCAUCCGCCACGAACGUUGAUCGAAGUUAAAACGGCAACGGCAAAACCAAAAGCCAAAGAAUACGGUCUUUACUAUACAAUGUCUGAGUUGCCAUCCGAUUUGGCCAAUCUCAAUGGCAAUUCAAUCAACAAUAACACCAUUAUGUACACAUCCGAUGACUAUUCCAUGGGCGGCAUUCAAACAAAUCCAAAUAUGUAUUACGGCAAUUGUAACGGACAACAACAACAACAACAACAACAACAUCAUCAUCAGCAGCAGCAACAGCCGCAAUACAAUCAUCAACAUUUGUCACCCGAUUGCUCUGCACAAGUUGAUAUGCAAAUGAGAUCAAGUACAAAUCCAUUUUCCGAUAUUAAUACAAUGCCACAAAUCAAUUUGCUAAACAAUAAUAAUAGCAUCAACAACAAUAAUAAUAAUAAUAUUGAGGUGCACAAUCAAUUUGAUGGAAAGAGCAAGGGCGGUAAUACAAAGAAACGAAAAAAUAAUCGCUCAAAAUUGAAAAAUGAUUGUCCAAAUGCGAAAAUUCCCAAAGAAAGUGAUUCAUUCACAGCGAUAACAGCGAUAGACGCACCAAAAACGCCCACAUCGCCAAAUGCGUCCAAUCCAAAUGCACUGGGCAAAAUUCGCAAAUACAAAGUGCGCAAUCGAAAAAAACAAAUGAAGGAAACAUCAUACGAUGAUUUGCAGUCGCAACGCGUUAUGGCCAAUGUACGAGAACGACAACGUACCCAAAGUUUGAACGAAGCAUUUGCAUCGUUGAGAAAAAUCAUUCCAACAUUACCUAGUGAUAAACUCAGUAAAAUCCAAACACUCAAAUUGGCAUCCAGCUACAUAGAUUUCCUGUACGAAGUGAUAACCAGCAAUGAAAUUACGUUUUUAAAGUCAAUGGAAAAUGAGUCGUCGGCAUGGCCAUCACAGGAGGAGUUAAGCCGAUGUUUCAGCGUAUGGCGUAUGGAGGGCGAAUUGAAUACCGGUAAAACAUAAAAUUCCGAUGCACAAUCAACUUAACUCAAACCAACAUUUCACACAUUCGCAAACAAAAACGGUAAAAAAUAUACAUCAAAGUAAAAUCGUGUUACUAUAUAUCGAACAAAGAAACACGCACAAAAAUAAAUGUUUAGCGUCUAUUAUAGAGAUUAUAUUCAGUAUUAAAAUAUAUGAUAUAGAUAAAAUGAGUACCAUUUUUAAGAUGAAAUAUACGAUAAUAAUGUGAACAAAAAUCCAUUUUCAAUGAUAUAUACACAAUGUACGAUUAAAAUGAGAAUCAUUUGAGAAAUAAGAAUUUGUUGUUGUUGUUAAUGAAGCGAUUUCAAGUGCGCGGUUUAAGUUUUCAUGUAGAUUAAGACAGUCAGUUAAUCUUAACUUGAAUCGAAUAGUCAUUAGUGAUGCGUCAAAAGAAGAGAAAUGGUGUUUUUUCCCCUCGGUUCGGAGCGAUAUAAGAUGUGAUGCAAACGAAAUCAUUCAUAUCGUUCUCAUAUUCUAGAUUGGAAUCAGAUAUAUAACAGUUGAUCUCAAUCGAAAAAUUGCGCGCAUAUUUAAAUUGCUCGUCAUCUCUCUCUCUCUCUAUUUCAAAGCAUUUGAUCAGCACGAAAAAAAAACGAAAUCCACUAACUAAAAUUCAUUCUUAUUUUGCCUCCGAAUUCACAACUCACAAACUUUUUGAGCCAUUUUUUUUCUAAUCCAAAUGCGUUUUAUCUCAAAUGAUAUAUUACAAUUUUAUAAAAUGAACACAAACGCGCAACUCCAAACAAUUCCAGAAUAUUUAGAAUAAU